GACAUGGUGGCCGCAAAACAAAUAAAGGUUGGCGGCUAGACUACUUCCUCGUCUCAGAAUCCAUUGCUGACAAGGUUUAUGAUUCAUACAUUCUUCCUGAUGUUACCGGUAGUGAUCAUUGCCCUGUUGGCCUUAUACUGGCACUCUAGUUAAACCGUCAGUAUUUUAGCUAUUGUUCAGACUACCAGAUGGAUUAUCAACCCAAAAAACCAACUUCCAAGAAACUUGAUGGUGCGGACAGUUGGAAAAAGCAGAUAUAAGUGACCAUUUUGCUGCCCUAAUCCCAGUGAGGAAAACUGCUUCAUAGCUUAAGUUAUGCUAUCAGCUCUGGUUUUCUUUCCCCCAUGAACAAAUUUAUCAAAUAUUUUGCAAGGUCACCUCCCAUAUGGGAAGGGGGUAGAACUUGAAUUUCCAGAGCUUUCACUGAAAUUUUAAUUAGUCAGUGUUUGUACAGUCUAUUUUCCUGAUAUGAUAUCCACUUGCUUACGUGGAAUCAGUUUGCUUCGGUGGCAAGACCUGGUUGGUUGACGCCAACACAACUCUAAACGACGCGGUUUAGAAAGCGCCUUCGGCUUCUUCCAUGUCAACACAAACAGAAAUUUCACAGAAUUUUGCCGAAGCAGACCGCCAUGACAGCUCGGAAAAGAGCUUCAGCAAUGGCGACAACAACAGCGGCCGCUGCAGGCUCGAGGCCAGCUCAAGCAGACCAUAAAUCCCCGGAAAGCACCUCUUCUGAUCAGCCGAUAGCGCCGCCAAAAUGGGGAGUAAUCGUGAAGCUUUCUCUUUUAUUCUCAAUCCCAUACUUUUACCUCCUCUUCUACCAUUACAACAUCGAACAAGAGUUGAAGAGAUCGAUCCUUAUCAAUGCUGGACUCAGUCUUGCCGGCUUCUUUGUUACUCUCAAGAUGAUACCCGUGGCUUCUAGAUAUGUUCUGAGGCGCAGCUUGUUUGGGUACGAUAUCAACAAGAAGGGUACCCCUCAAGGAACUGUUAAAGUGUGAGUCCAAUUUCUUUUCAUCCUUUGUUUCAUAUAGGUUUUGAUUCAUUUGGGGAACUGGGUGUAUGUUGGUUUUGCAAUUCCAUUUCGAUUAAUAAACUGGGUAUGGGUUUCGAUUCCAAUUCAUGAAAUGUGUUCUUGUUUAGGAUUCUUUUUCUCAUCAAAUUCGUUGACUUUUAAAGAGUCAUUAGUUCUACUACGCUCAUUAGUGCUAACUGUGCAUUCCCUGGAUUCUUAGUUGCCACCUGCAUUGUUCAAUCAAAUAAAUGUCUCAGCUUUCU